CAUGGAACUACUUCUCCUCUUCAAAUGCCAUCAACACCGGGAUGUGAUGACUCGGGAUUCGAUGCACAUCAGGCGGCUCAAUUGCUUAAGAAGCUGGUUGGAGAAGAAGAAACUAACUUUGUUGUUCCGAACGAGCAAAUUGUUGAAAGAGAUGAUCCGGGAAAAGAUUACCGUAGGCCAGCUCAAAAGCCUGAUGAUAUUCCUGACGGGGCCCAAUUGAAGUCGUUUCAAAUUCUCGAUGAUCGUUUGAAAGGGGAUUUUACAAAUGAGUCUGAUUUAUCGCGAAUGCUUGCAGCAAACAAUUAUGGCGGCGAAAACGAAGACAACUGGCCUGUAUGGCUUCCCGUUGAAGCCUUCCUCUGGUCUGAAAGAAGCUUGCAUCCGUUUCAGCAAAUU